UUAUUUAAUGACGGAUGCAGAGAAAUAAAUAAUGAUGAUAGCAUCUUCUCUUAUGAAACACCAAUGACCAAAGUGAACAACAACCCCUUGUCCUUUCAAAUUCAAGGAACUGUGCUAUGUAUAUUUAUGCUUUUUGUUUCACUUUCAUUGACAGCUUCUAGCUCUCUCUCUCUCUCUCUCUCUUUUUUCUGCUGCAAGGUAAGUCAGAUAACAAUUAAUGAGUUAUGCAGAGAUUUUCCAGGUGUUGUGGGAAAACUGAUCUGUGCUCAGAAACAGAAACAUGGAGGGAUAAGAGUUUUUCUUUCAGGAUGGAGCCACCUCAUGUGAUGGUGGGGGCUGAAGAGGAAUGUCACAGCAAUGAAUCUGGUUGGACAAUGUAUAUUGGGUCUCCAAGAGAUGAGGAUGCACAUUGUUAUGAUAAAGAGGAGAAAGGUUAUAGCUUGGAUUAUGAUUAUGAAAAUGAUGCAGAAGCUGAUGCAGAUGUGGAAAGUGAUGAUUCUAUGGCUUCUGAUGCUUCUUCUGGUCCGAGUCAAUAUGGAGGCAUCACACAGUUUCAGAAGAAGGAGGAAGUGAAGAACAAGCAUUGCUCAGAUCACAAAGCAAGUAAAUCAAAAGGAAAUCAUCAAGUAGUUGAAAAAAGGGCUGAGAAGAAUCAUAGUAAGAUGGUUUUGAUCAGUAGUAAAGGUAAGGCUCCUGCAGUUUAAGAAUGGUAGCAAAAAGUUAAGGUGAAUGAUAUACUUAAUGUGAGGAAUUAUAGAUUUCUUUGAAGGUUUAGGUUAUUUUCUUAGGUUUCAGUUUUUUGUUUUUUGUGACAAAUUACUAUGUUUCGUUACUAGAAUUUAUCAUGUUUUAAUAUUUGAAUCAAGAAACAUUGGCCACGUUUAUUUUCUGCAGCAUGCAUAUGCAUGUGUUAGUGAUUAC